UCGGAGAUAAACGGCCGUGGUAGGAUAAUCGUGUGCUAACAACCGGGGAAACCGUUCGUUCGUCCAUGUUGUUCGGUGGUUUUUCAUCUUACCAUUUGUAACAGAUAGAGACAGAGAGAGGGUGUUUGUGUGUGUGUGUGUGUGUGUUUUGGUACGUGCGUACGCCAGUGUUUGUGGCACAAAUUAGUGCGUUUUUUCGUCGGGAGGCUGCGAAGAACUAGCAGCAAGCAAGCAGCCGAACAAGUGUAAUGUGCCAGGAAUGUAAAGUGUCAAAAAGCGUGUGAUUUUUUCACUUUCUGACGUUUCGGUUAGGUCUCAGCACCGUAGGAUUGAUUUUGUUGCGGAGAAAAUCGGAUUGUUCCGGGAAGUAUAGAGUUCUCGUGAAAUGGUUUCUCUGUCCCCGUUCGAGAGGUCAUGUAGUGGAAGUGAUUAAUAUCCUGUUUUUUUGCCCUGCUGAAGGCAAUCGUGUGUGAUUUUCGUGAGGGGGCGGAAGUAGAGGGCUCGGAAUACGAGGGUCGUGGUGAGGUAGUGUGUGAGUGUGUUCUGCACCCAGUGUUCUAGCAGGGUGGGAAAAUUGUGAUUUUAGAAAGUGGAAUCUGAAUCAUGAAGCAAAUUACUACACUCCUGGGAAUGGUCGUUUUCGGAUGCUGCCUGUUACAGGCCCCGAUGCCCACUGGUGCUCUGCCCGAUAUCAUUCGGAUCGGUGGCCUCUUCCAUCCGGACGACGACCAUCAGGAGAUUGCGUUCCGCUACGCCGUCGAGAAGAUCAACUCGGACCGUACGAUUCUGCCGCGCUCGAAGCUGCUGGCCCAGAUCGAACGGAUUUCGCCGCAGGAUAGCUUCCUGGCAUCGAAGCGCGUUUGUCAUCUGCUGCGGGUCGGGGUGGCAGCCAUCUUUGGACCGCAGUCGUCGCACACGGCAAGCCACGUGCAGAGCAUCUGUGAUACGAUGGAGAUACCACACCUGGAAACGCGCUGGGAUUAUCGGCUCCGGCGCGAAAGCUGCCUGGUAAAUCUGUAUCCACAUCCGAGCACACUGUCGAAGGCUUACGUCGAUCUGGUGGCCGCCUGGGGCUGGAAAUCAUUUACCAUAAUCUACGAGACGAACGAGGGUCUGGUGCGGAUGCAGGAACUGCUGAAAGCGCACGGCCUGUCCGAGUAUCCCAUCACCGUGCGUCAGCUAAGCGAUUCAGGCGAUUAUCGGCCACUGUUGAAGCAGAUAAAAAACUCGGCCGAGUCUCACAUCGUCCUGGACUGUACGAUAGAGAAAAUCUACGACGUACUCAAACAAGCCCAGCAAAUCGGUAUGAUGAGCGAUUACCACAGCUAUCUGAUAACCUCGCUGGAUCUGCACACCAUCAGUCUGGACGAGUUCAAGUACGGUGGAACAAACAUCACCGCCUUCCGGCUGGUCGAUCCGGAAAAUCCCGAGGUGGCCCAAGCCAUCCACAAUUGGACCCUCGGCGAGGCGAGGCUGGGGAAGAAAAUUGAUUUUAAAACAACGGAAAACGUGACCGUUAUUAAGGCGGAAACCGCACUGAUGUACGACGCCGUCCACCUGUUCGCAAAAGCACUGCACGACCUGGACACCAGUCAACAAAUUGACAUCCAUCCGUUAUCCUGCGAUACCCAGGAUACCUGGCCCCAUGGAUACAGUUUAAUAAAUUACAUGAAAAUCGUCGAGAUGCGUGGCCUGACGGACGUCAUCAAGUUUGACCAUCAGGGCUUUCGCAGCGAUUUCGUGCUGGACAUCGUAGAGCUGGGACCGCAGGGAUUACGCAAAAGCGGAACCUGGAAUUCUACUUCGGGGGUCAAUUUUACCCGCACCUACGGCGAACAGCAGAAGGAGAUUGUCGAAAUCCUUCAGAAUAAGACACUGAUCGUAACGACCAUCCUGAGUGCACCGUACUGCAUGCGCAAGGAUUCCGCCGAAAAGUUGACGGGGAAUUCGCAGUUCGAGGGCUACGCGAUUGAUUUGAUUCAUGAGACGUCUAAAAUUUUGGGAUUCAAUUACACGAUUCGGCUGGCGCCGGAUGGCCGGUACGGAAGCCAUAACAAGGAGACGGGCGAAUGGGACGGCAUGAUCAAGGAGCUGCUGGAGCAGCGUGCCGAUCUGGCCAUCGCCGAUCUCACCAUCACCUUCGACCGGGAACAGGUGGUGGACUUUACGAUGCCAUUUAUGAAUCUCGGCAUUUCCGUGCUGUACCGGAAACCGGUGAAGCAACCGCCGAAUCUGUUCUCCUUCCUCUCGCCUCUCUCGCUGGACGUGUGGAUCUACAUGGCGACCGCUUAUCUCGGCGUUUCCGUGCUACUGUUCAUCCUGGCGCGCUUCACGCCGUACGAGUGGGAAAAUCCGCACCCGUGUAACUCGGAUCCGCUCUUCCUGGCGAACAGUUUCACGCUGCUCAACUCCCUCUGGUUUACGAUCGGUUCGUUGAUGCAACAGGGCUGCGAUAUUGCUCCCAAGGCCGUCUCCACUCGGAUGGUCGCCGGAAUGUGGUGGUUCUUUACGCUCAUCAUGAUCAGCUCGUACACAGCCAACUUGGCCGCCUUUCUGACGGUCGAACGUAUGGAUUCACCGAUCGAGAGCGCCGAAGAUCUGGCCAAGCAGACCAAAAUCAAGUAUGGAGCGCUGCGAGGCGGCAGUACCGCUGCAUUCUUCAGGGACUCCAACUUCUCCACCUACCAACGGAUGUGGUCCUUCAUGGAAUCAACUCGCCCGUCGGUGUUCACCGCCAGCAACAUCGAAGGAGUCGAACGGGUCGUCAAGGGUAAGGGCAGCUAUGCGUUCCUGAUGGAGUCCACCUCGAUCGAGUACGUUAUCGAACGGAACUGUGAACUGACCCAGGUCGGUGGGAUGCUUGACUCCAAGGGUUACGGGAUCGCGAUGCCACCGAAUUCACCAUUUCGAACAGCCAUCAGUGGAGCCGUACUCAAACUGCAGGAGGAAGGUAAGCUGCACAUUCUGAAAACACGCUGGUGGAAGGAAAAACGGGGUGGCGGCUCCUGUAGGGACGAAACAUCGAAAUCCAGUUCUACCGCGAACGAACUCGGCCUGGCGAACGUGGGUGGAGUCUUUGUAGUGCUCAUGGGAGGAAUGGGAGUGGCUUGCGUUAUCGCUGUAUGCGAAUUUGUGUGGAAAUCAAGAAAGGUAGCCGUCGAAGAGCGGGUAACCUACCAGAAAAAGCAUCCCAAAGAGUGUAGAUUCGACUGAACUGAACCUCGCUACACACAGAUAGGGAAACACGUACUUCAGAAAGUUUUUUUUUGCAAAUUCAAUGUCAGAACAAUAAGGGUUGUGCAUUCCCAUUCGAUUUUGGUUUAGCGAACUUUGGAAAUUUUCUAUAGAGCUAGAUGUGUACGUACUACGCGUCUUAUUUAUUUGCACAUUCGCGAAUUCACCAAACUGAUUGGUUUUUAAAGGGAAAAUGACGUCUAGCUACGGUAACGAAACUCUGUGUAUAGCACCUAAAAUUGGAAACCGUCCCAACUUUACCAUUGACUUUUGUUUUCCACCAUCCACACACCCUUAAAUGUAUCGAACAAUCAAUUUUAUUAAUCAGCCAAAUCAGGCAAUGAGUGAAAAAACCUGACCGACCCCGCUACAUUCUAAGCUUCUUUCUUCGGAUAUCUUUUACCAGAAGCAGCAGCUAUACUAGAAUAUCACCCAACCCCGUAAACACACACAAUCCCCCCAAAAAAAGCCCCAUCCGUCAGCACGAAAUCCAAAAUGUAUUGUGUGGCGAUUUUUCUUCUCUUCUCACCAUCACGAAUACUGCGACGACGUCGAAAAACAAAACGAACAUACAAAAAACGCAACACUGAUGACGCACACGUAACGUCGAUCGAAAUAACAACAAAAAAAACAAAAAAAAAACACAAACAACCAACCAUCCGAACGAACGCCAUUGGAAACUACGUAAUCAUCACUCUGAAUGCGGGAUUCGCUUUCCGGAUGGCUGGCAACACCAAUGAUCUGCAGGAGGUCUCGCUCUGUUCGGAAAUGGCCUCCGAACUGCGCAUCGCACUCAAGCGCAACCGCUCCAAGGCGCCGAGCCACAACACCACCCUGCGUACAUCCAGCAGCUCCCGAGCGUCCCCGAAAGAUUCCGAACCGUCGUCCGAACAUCGGUUCCAUCCGCUCGGCCCACCCUAUGCACAGUACGAAUUCGAUCCGAAGGUGGCGGUCGGGCAGUGAAGCGUUCCGCUCUAAUCUCCACAUAACCACUGCGACACUGCUCGGACAGUCACAUAUGAUACAAACACCACGAAAGGCGGAUCAUUCCGUUGCGAUUUCAGACGCCAGAACAAAACAAGACGAAAUGUUCAGCGUUCAGUGUUAAAAUUAAUCCACAUAUUGUACAAGCUCGAUUCCCGCAGGGAAGACAAUUGUCACAUGAUACAAAUACUUUUUGUCGUAUAACCUCCAAUUAGAUGCCAACAAAAAUCUAAACCGUGUUGCCAAGGCAAAUUUAUAUUUCGUUUCUGUCACGAGCAAAAAGAUAGGACUACUAAUAGCAGCCGUAUGCUGACCAUCUAAAUCAUGUGUAUCGAUUGUUGAAAAAUGUCAAAUCCGAUGUAAACAGUUCGUUAUUGGUAAAAAAAUACACUGGAAGAGAUUUCUUUUCGCUAAGCAAUACGCCAAGCAACAUUCAUUGUAAACAAAUCAAACAAACAAACAAAAAAUACAUUUCGUCAAAUCAACCAGCAUAUUUAAAAGUAAAAUUUAAUAAACAAAAAAACAGUGUUUCGACAUGUUCUAAAACAAACAAACCCAUUUCAGUUGUAAAUUUUUCGAUCAUCUCAAAGGGUGUUUGUAAUUAGAUCCUUAAUGUAGCUCACACCCAGCCCGAACCUUUUCCCAGAGAAGAUGAAUAUGAAGGGGGAAGUAGUCGAGCGAUACAAAAGAAUAAACAUUUUUUCAAUUUUGUAAACAAUUGUA